AUGUCGUUCUUCCAACAGACCUCUUCCUCCUCUUGGGCGGAUUACAGCGUGUUCUCCGCCCUCAGAAACCUGCUCGAAUCUGCGCUGUUCCGCAAUCCAGAACCGCAACCCGUAUCGACAUGGAGGAUGAUCAUCGAUCCACCUAUGCCCUACUGGAUCACGCUCUUCUCCCAGACCUGUCGACUCAUCUCGCUCCUCAUCCUCCUACCGAUCUUCCUAAUCGGCGUCAUCGAUUUCGCUGGCUACGCGGUCUUCCGAACGCUAGGUUUGCAUCGGCGUCGAGUUCGUAUUCAACGUCAGACCAAAUCAGACGUCAAAACUGCCCUCGGUCGCUCCAGCUCCCGGCGCAAACCCAGAGUCUACCAGAACGAUCGUCAUCGACCCACGGAUCGCUCCAACAUCCCUAGCAUCGUCAAAGCGCCGCUUCUCACACCGGGAACGUACGACGCAGAGACGCUGCUGCGACAACGUGCACGAAGUCUCAGCAUUGCAUCCGCCGAGGAAGAGGCUGCGUGGGUGGCUAGCGGUGGUCAACAGGCGAGAUUGAGCAGUUUGGCGAAACGACGUUCGUCGGAUGAUGCGAUGGUCGCUUCUCCUGCGACGGAGAGUGGAGAAGAGGAUUAUUUCGGUCGGGCUCCGAGGGUUGGUGUUGAUGGGGCGUUGGGGAUGGCUGACACAGAUGCGGAGAGUGGGACGGAGAGCGGGCGGGACAGUCCCGUGAGAACGCGCAGAAGGGGUCUUUCCGGUGGUUUGAACUUCACCCCCGUCAGCCCCGGCAGGAUCUCUACAGCGGAAAAGGAUGAGCAUCUUGCUUCGGCUGCCGGAGUCGAUCGAGACGCCAUAUUGACUGGAGACGGAGCCGAUUCGUACAGUGCCAGCGUGGUGAGCCUGUCGAGCGAUUCCCCAACUUCCUCGUCGAUCUCGGCGAAACGCGAGGGUAGCAAGCAGGAAAGCAGAAGCGACGCCGAGAGCUCGAACAUGAGCUCUUCGUGGAUAGGCGUGGAAGCGGAUGCACAGCAAGACGUUGCCAUUCAUCCGCCCAUCACGAUCGAUGCGGAGCAAGCGGCUGCUGCUGCGGGGUUGGAGUCGAGUUCGGUUGUAUGGAAGGAAAACUCUUCAUGA